AUGGACGCAAACGCAGUCUCGGAUGCGCAACUGGGCCUCACUCCGGAGGAGGUGCAGCUGCUGCGGCAGGGGCAAGCAGCGCUCGGCCACGGCGGAGGAGCAUCGACAAGCUCUCGCGCCGCCAGCAGAGCCAGCAGCCAAGGCCUGCUGCUUCUCGACAGCUCCUCCCUCGCCGCCCUGGCCAGGCACUUUGACCGGCUGAUGGCCUCGAUCGAGCAAAACAUCCGUCGCCUCAGCGAGCAAGCGCAAAUGUUCACCCAGGUCCAGUACGACCGCGCCGGAAACGUCAUCGACGGCGCCGACGCCGAGAUUGCCCGAUACACCGAGAUCCUGCGGCAGCUCGACGAGCUCGAGCUCGACUUUGACCGCAUCGCCCGCAUCAAGGAAAUCGUCAAGGGCUUCCGCUCGAGGGUCGAGAACCUCGAGAGAGACUUGGAGACGAGCGGCGCGUCGUCGAGCAGCCGCCACGACCACAAGCCCUCGUCGUCUUCGUCGUCGUCGCGCAAACACGCUCACCCGCACUCGCAGAGGCACAGCUCAACCCACAAACACAAGCGCUGA